UUUCACAGACCGGAAACGAGGCACACAGACGGUCUGCAGCUCCUGGCGUAGUUACAAGAAAGCGUGAUUUUGAUUUUUCCAGCAGACGAAAUGGCCAAGUGGUUCAUAUUGAGCGUUCUGCUGUGCGCCGGUGCCGUUGUACAUGGCAAGCCCACCUUCGGCAAGGAACACGUGCACAUUCGCAUCCAUCUGGCCGAGGAUCAUGGCGACCAUGGUCAUGGGGGUGGACAUGGCGGUGGAGGGUUUGGUGGUCAUGAAACUGUGAUUAUUGAUGGCGGUGUACAUGGUGGCGGACAUGGCGGCGGCGGCUACGGUGGCGGUGGUCAUGGGCAUGGUGGUGGCGAUAUCAUUGGCCCAUUGACUGGCGGCUUGUUGGGCGGUGGUUUUAUAAGUGGCGGACACGGUGGCGGUCACGAUCACGGACAUGGUGGUGGUCAUGAUCAUGGACAUGGCGGCGGAUUCGGCGGUGGAGGUGGUGGUCAUCAUGAGACUAUUAUUUUGGAUGCUGGCGGUCAUGGUCAUGGUGGCGGUGGCGGCGGUGGCGGCUACGGCGGUGGUCAUGGUGGCGGAUACGGCGGCGGUUAUAGUGCAGGUGGACACGGAGGUAGCGCUGAAAGCCAUACACUUAUUAUCUCAGACGCUGGUGGACACGGCGGUGGUGGUGGUGGACAUGGCGGUGGAUACGGUGGCGGUUAUGGUGGUGGUCACGGCGGUGGUCAUGGUGGCGGCGCUGAAGCACAUACGCUUAUCAUCUCGGACGCUGGUGGUCAUGGGGGACACGGCGGUGGUGGCAGCGGCGGCUACGGUGGCGGUUAUAGUGCAGGUGGACAUGGCGGCGGUGGUGCUCAAGUAGAUACCUAUGCAAUUAUCAAAGAAUCUGGCAGUGGUUACAGCGCCGGCGGUCAUGGUGGACAUGGCGGCGGCGGCGGCGGUGGCUACAGCUACGGCGGUGGUCAUGGUGGCAGCAGUGGCGGUGACUCGCAUUUGGCGAAAAUCGCAGCCAUAGCAGCAGCAUCUAGUGGCUCACACAGCAGCGGCGGUGGUGGUUAUGGCGGUGGCGGAUAUGGCGGUAGCGGAGGCGGUCAUGAUGACGCGCACAUAGCUGCAGCCGCAGCUGCGGCCAGUUCAUCUUCACAUGGAAGCAGCGGCAGUUAUAGCAGUGGAGGUGGCUACAGCAGCGGUGGGGACUCACAUUCCAUCGCUAAUAUAGCUGCCGUAGCAGCUGCUAGCGACUCACACAGCAGUGGUGGUGGUGGUGGCUAUGGCGGUGGCGGUUAUGACGGUGGCAGUAGCUACAGCAGCGGUGGUGGUUAUGGCGGUAGUGGCGGUCAUCUCGAUACUGCUGUUAUUGCCGCAGCAGCCGGCUCGCAUGGAGAUGCAAGUGCCGGUAGCGGCGGUGGUGGUGGCUACAACUAUGCGCCAGCAAGCGGUGGUGGAGGUUGGCAAUCGUCCGGCAGCGGUGGUUGGGCGGCCUCCGGCAGCGGCGGCGGCAGUGGUUGGUACAAACGAAAAUGAGCGUCUGUCGUAGGCGCCACCAAAGUAUAGUUUCUUAAGAAAAUGCAUAAAUAUGCUUUCUAAUGCUGUUGUAAACGCACUUUAGAUUAGGCAUAUUUAUUCUAGUCCACUAAAGCAGAGAGGCGAAGCAGCUGAGCAGCUUUCAUUGCAGAAACAAGUGCUUGGCGACAUUUAAAGGUCAGUACAUUGCUUGCCGCCCAAAUCACCUCACGCCUUCAUUUCACUUCGAAGUACAUGCAUAUUCAUAUAUACAUACUUACAUAUAUGUAUGUACAAAAUACGCUCAUUAUAAAUUAUGUUUGACAAUCAUUUUGUUGUAAAAGAUAUUUUUAU